UCUAGCCCAGCGAAAGUUUGUUUAUUUUCUUUAUUUAACAAAAAUGCUGAAUGCCAAAAUCGGCAAGGUCGGCAAGGUGCUGGUGUGUGGGAUGAAGGGUGUGGGCAAGACGGCGCUCAUUGAGCAGUUGGUGUACGGCCACGUCAAUCCCGAGACUGAGUUGCAUCCAACCAUUGAGGACAUCUACGUGGCCAGUGUGGACACCGGACGAGGAGGGGCCCGCGAAACCCUGCGCAUCUAUGAUACGGCCGGACUGCAGGGCGAGCAGCAGCAGCUGCCACGCCACUACCUCCAGUUCCCGGACGCUUUUGUGCUGGUCUACGACCCAAUGGACCCGCGUAGCCUAGACAUGCUGGCCGACAUCAAAACGGACAUCGACAAGCACAAGGAGAAAAAGGAGAUCCCCGUCGUGGUGCUGGCUAAUGUUCGGGCACGGGCUGCUCCCAAUCCCGUUGAAAAGAUCAUGGACCGGGCCAAUAUCUGGUGCCAACGGGAGCGAAUUAAGCACUAUACGGUGAACGCCAUGGAGCGGCCCUCGCUCUACGAGCCCUUCACCUCGCUGUGCGCCCGCCUGCAUCCGGCUCAGACGAAGAGCACAUUCCCUCAGUUGCGCCAGGUCAUGCAGAACCGUCAGAAGAGCGAAGCCUAGAACUAAAUUAUCAUAUAUGUAUCUCCUUUGUCUUUUAGAAACUUAAUUUAGUGUGUACUUGCCUUGUAUUAACCACUGUGCUUUAAUGUGGGCCAAAGCCCGAACGAUUUGUACUUAUCUACGGAUAACUUGUGUCUCUAUGUUCGUGAGCGUCUAAUUCUGUCGAAAUGUUAUUUAUUAAAACAAAGUAUGUACAUGCAUAUGUACAUAUGUAUGCUAUCGCAUUAGGCGCAAUUUAUUAAUA